ACCUCCAACUCAGAAAUCAAAAUAUAGUUUUCUUCUCCACCUCAAGCUCAACUAAUUAAUCAAUCAUCAAUGGCGGAAUCGGAAAUCCAAGUCCCCUCGUAUUUCCUAUGCCCUAUUUCUCUGGAGAUCAUGAAGGACCCCGUCACCAUCUCCACCGGCACAACCUUCGACAGAGAAAGCAUCGAGAAAUGGAUAUUCUCUCACAAACACAACACCUGCCCCCUCACAAAGCAGCCCCUCUCCAACACCGAUCUCACCCCCAACGUCACCCUCCGCCGCCUCAUCCAGUCCUGGUGCACUCUCCACGCCGUCGACCGCCUCCCCACCCCCAAACCCCCCGUCACCAAACCCCAGCUCCUCACCCUCCUCGCCGCCGCCACCCCCGAAUCGCAGAUCAAGUGCCUCCACCGCCUCCGGUCCAUCGCCUCCGCCAGCCAAACCAAUCGGAUUUGCAUGGAGAAGUCCGGAGCCGCCGACUUCCUUGCCGCGAUCGUCGCCGGAGAGUCGGUGGAAGCGUCGGAGGAGGCUCUGAGCAUUCUCUACAGCCUCCGGCUAUCGGAAUCCGCCCUCAAAUCCCUAGGUUCCAGAUCCGAAUUCAUCGCCUGCUUAAUCAAAUUGAUGCAAUCUCCCAGCUACGAAUCGCGAGCUUACGCAGUGAUGAUGCUGGAAUCAAUCACCGAAGUCGAAUUCGUCCUAAUCAAUUCAAAUCCCCAAAUAUUAAUCGAGCUAAUUCAAAUUUUAAAAGACCAGAUCUGUAAAAGAGCGACGAGAUCGGCGCUGAAGAUGCUCAUCACGCUCUGCGCGUGGGGGAGAAAUAGGAUAAAAUCAGCGGAAGCUGGAUUGGUCGGGGUUGUGAUCGAUCUUCUUCUCGAUAAUUCAUCCGAUAAAAGGACGUCGGAGAUGAUGCUGACGGUGCUGGAUCUGGUGUGCCAGUGCGCGGAGGGGAGGGCGGAACUGGUGCGCCACGGCGCGGGAUUGGCGGUGGUGUCGAAGAAGAUACUUACGGUUUCGGAGGCGGCGAGCGAGAGGGCGGUGAGGGUUCUGCACUCGGUUUCGAAGUUCUCGGGGACGGCGGCGGUGGUGCAGGAGAUGGCGCAGAUAGGAGUGGUGGCCAAGCUGUGCUUGGUGCUGCAGGUUGAGUGUGGGAUGAAGACCAAGGAGAGGGCCAGAGAUAUACUGAAGAUGCAUGCGAGAGCUUGGAAGAAUUCUUCAUGCGUGCCUAAUACAUUUGCUUCUUUCUUGAGAUAUUGAUAUCAUCACAUUUUGUGUACAUUUUUAUUACAAUUCUUUUGUAGAUUAGUGUCUGAUGAAUCCGCGAAUUUCUGAUGUUA